AUGGCCAAGAGACGGAAGCUGACGCAUAAGAAUGCACCGAGCGCACAUUCUAAAAAGCAUGUUCAGCAGAACAAACCAGACCAGAAGAAGCCCCUAAAUGGCCCCGCGAAGAAGGGUAAAGGCAAGCAGCAGCGACAGAUCGAUGAAACGCCUACGAUACCAUUUGAGCCUCACCACCGUAUACUCCUCAUUGGGGAAGGUGAUUUGAGUUUCGCAUCAUCUAUAAUUCGACAUCACGGCUGCGCAAAUGUCACUGCGACUGUUCUGGAAAAGGAUGUCAACGAACUGCUAGCCAAGUAUCCCCAUGUUGAAGACAACAUUGCUGUGAUUCGCGGUGAUGCCCACAAGUCCGACAAUGCUGGCAGGGAAGACAAAGAAUCAUCAUCAAAGGAAACAGAAGCCGGCGAAAGUAAUGAGGAUAACCAUGAAGAGAACAACGACUCCAAUGGUGAAAGCGACUACGAGGAAGAGGAUUUCUACGACUCAGACGAUCCAGACGCACCACCCAGACCCAAGCGAAAUCUGCCUCCCAACAACAAACUCCUAUAUAAUAUAGAUGCUACAAAGCUCCCAAACUCCCUCACCCGUACGCGCUUCGACCGCAUCAUCUUCAACUUCCCCCACGUCGGCGGCAAGUCCACAGACGUAAACCGCCAGGUCCGCCACAAUCAAUCCCUCCUCGUCUCCUUCUUUGAACGAGCCAUUCCCGCACUAGCUCCUGGUGCAGCUAUCAUCAUCACGCUCUUCGAAGGGGAGCCCUACACCCUCUGGAACGUGCGUGAUCUGGCCCGCCAUGCUGGUUUGCAAGUUGAGCGCAGCUUCCGUUUCCAGGCUCGUGCAUAUCCCGGUUACAAGCAUGCGCGGACGCUUGGUGUCGUGAGGAAUGCCAAGGGCGAGGUCAGUGAGAGCGGAUGGAAAGGUGAGGAAAGGGCAUCAAGAAGUUUUGUAUUCAAGAGAAAGGAGGACAUCGUCCCAGUGGUGGGGAAGAAGAGACGCAAGGGCGACGAUUCAUCUGACGAUGAAGACUGA